AUGUCUGUGUCUGCUAUCUUUGGCACCGGAAUCGCCACCGUCGCUGCUUCUCCGGCUCUCCGCCAGUUUCAAGCUCCGAAAUUGGGCAACGGAGGAGGACUGGGAAUGGUGAUAGAGUGUUCGUCGAGGCCGCAGAAGAAAUCGACUGCGCAUCACAGGAAGACGAGGCCGAAGAAGACUCAGCCUACAGUGUAUGCUCCUCUUCCUACUCUCCCUCCGGAUUGGACUCCGCUCGCUCUUUCUUCAGAUGACGGUGGUGUCACCGCCGCCGGAGAUUUGGUCUCAGGCGCUGCCGCAUAGUUGCGAGUUAUCUGCUGGUCUGGUUGUACUUUUAGUUUGAGAGCUUUUGUUGCCUGUUUCCUCUUCUUGUGUUAAUGAUUGGACCCAAGCUGUAAACUUUUUUAAAAAGCUAUCCUCUGUUUUUGGUUUUAAA